AUGGCCUCAUCAAUAGAAACUAAUAGAGUCUUACUUGACGAUAGCUUAAUAAUCGCUGAUACAGAACCCACUCAAGAGGUUAUAACUGCGCCUGUCCCAGCUCACCUAGAUGCAGCCAAAUCAACUUCUACUCACUCUCCCUGUACAGAUAGAGCAUCUCAUUCUUCUAACUGUUGUGAAAAUCCUGUCUUCAUUCCUUAUAUUUCGAUCUCCGAGAAAGUUACGAUAUCUCAAUCUGAUACACAUUCAUCUUCUGUUUGUAAUUAUUCGCUCUUGAAGAGGUCUAGCAAUAACCCUGAUGAAUCAGUAAAUAUUCUUGGUUUUCCUCAUUUUGACUCUUGUCCUAAGAAAUUAGAUACGAUUGUUGCCACUUCUCCAACUUCAAUCCAGCUUAUUGCAUCCAAGACUACCGCUAAUACUCUUGUUAUCCUUCAUGCAAGUAAUCUCCCCCACUCUGAAUCUUUCGUUUCUUCCGUCCGCACAGACCAGCCAUCUCAGCUUUCAGCAUCGGAGCCUGUCGUUCAAUUAAAUCUCAAUCCUUCAAUUCAAACAGCUACAAAUUCUGCUGGACUUAAGCCCUCAUCUACCCUCGAAAGUUCUCAAUCACAAGGUCCUAUCUUGAACGACUGCACUGCUUCUUUAAAACGAAUCGAAAGGGUUACAUUUCCUCAUGCUUACUCUCUUUCCUCCACUCCAGUCCAGUUAAUUCCUGAUAAGCUCUUAACUUCACCCCCUUCAACUAGUCCGAUUUUAAAACAUCCCAAUGAAUCUGCCUCCCAGUUUUCUCGAUUUCACAGUCCUAACAAGUCUGAUCAGCUCUCUUUCCGUCUGGGAUCAGAAGAGGCCGCUAGAUGCUUUCCUUUAUCAGCUUCUCCCCAUGAAAGUCUAAAUCAGAGUGCUGAGCCUAAGAUGGUUUUACUUCAAUCACCUAGUCUUGAGAUAAGCUCAUUGUUGAUUUCUGAUAUGACUAAGUCUAUCAGUAAAAAGGGUCCAAAUGCGAAUCCAUCGACCCUUCAGAAUAAUAAGGAAUCAGAAAUGCCCGGCUUUGGUAGCUCUUGUGACGAGAAUGAAGGCUCACCCGAAAUCACUGAUUUGGCAUACUCGAAGUUGGGUCAAUGUGAUAACAAAGCUCAAGGAUGUGAAGAAAAGAAAAUCUUCCUUAUAUAG